CUGACGACGGCUGGUAAGGGAGGACAGGCUAGCUUCAUGCUUAACUGCAGGCUUGUCAGUCAGAGCCCGUGCCAUCCUCACCUUCAAGAUAACAGAGAGCACCUAGCACAGCCUAAGAAAGAUAGAGGGAUAACAAAGCAAAAGAAAGCACAAAAUAAAAGAGAAGAAACUGAAGGAUACAGAGGCAGCUAGACACAGAUAAGCAGCACUGGAAAGGUGACCGCUGGGAACAGCCAGGGGGGAAAAAGCAAGAUACAUAAUUUAAUAGAAACAUUUCUUGAUAUACUGCCUAAAGAGAGAGACUGAAGGGCAAAGAGAGAAGGACAAGAAGAAAAGAAAGAUAAAAUAAGGCAGAGGGGGGGGUGAGAGAUUUGUGCAGAGGGGAAAUAGAAUAAUAGAGUUGAGGGAAAGAGAAAAAUUAAAAGGGGGGAGUUUAAAAGGACCUUUGCCACCCCCCAUACUGGCAUAUAAGGAAAUAAAAGCACAGCAUUAGCAACAAAACCGGGGAUUAAAGGAAAGAAGGCGAACAGCCACCCUCAGUGCUCUGUCAUUAUCCCACCACUCUCGAGGCAACUGGGGGGCGACAGGAAUGGCCACGAUUACCUGCACGCGAUUCAGCGAGGAAUACCAACUUUUCGAGGAGCUGGGAAAGGGAGCUUUCUCCAUUGUCCGAAGAUGUGUGAAAGUUUUAUCUGGUCAGGAGUAUGCAGCAAAAAUUAUUAACACGAAGAAGCUCUCUGCCAGAGAUCACCAGAAGCUGGAGCGCGAGGCUCGAAUCUGUCGUCUCCUGAAGCAUCCAAAUAUAGUAAGACUUCAUGACAGCAUUUCUGAAGAAGGGCACCAUUACCUGGUGUUUGAUCUGGUUACAGGAGGAGAGCUGUUUGAGGAUAUUGUUGCCAGAGAAUAUUACAGUGAAGCAGACGCCAGCCAUUGCAUUCAGCAGAUUCUAGAAGCAGUUUUGCAUUGUCACCAGAUGGGGGUAGUGCACAGAGAUCUGAAGCCAGAGAACCUUCUUUUGGCUUCAAAACUAAAGGGAGCAGCUGUCAAACUGGCAGAUUUUGGGCUGGCCAUUGAGGUGGAAGGCGAACAACAGGCUUGGUUUGGCUUUGCAGGAACGCCCGGCUAUCUCUCCCCAGAAGUUCUAAGGAAAGACCCCUAUGGAAAGGCUGUGGAUCUCUGGGCCUGUGGGGUUAUCCUGUACAUUUUACUUGUUGGUUACCCUCCUUUCUGGGAUGAAGAUCAGCACAGACUAUACCAGCAAAUCAAAGCCGGUGCUUAUGAUUUUCCUUCUCCAGAGUGGGACACUGUCACUCCAGAGGCCAAAGAUCUCAUUAACAAGAUGCUGACAAUUAACCCAUCGAAAAGAAUCACUGCAGCAGAAGCACUGAAGCAUCCAUGGAUCUCACACCGCUCAACAGUCGCUUCAUGUAUGCACAGACAGGAGACAGUAGACUGCCUGAAGAAGUUCAAUGCUAGAAGAAAGCUAAAGGGGGCCAUCCUGACUACAAUGCUGGCAACUCGAAAUUUCUCUGGGGGCAAGAGUGGAAGCAACAAGAAGAAUGAUGGAGUCAAGAAAAGAAAGUCAAGUUCCAGUGUCCAGUUGAUGGAAUCAUCAGAGAGCACCAACACUACAAUUGAGGAUGAAGAUACUAAAGACUUCUCACUUGCUGCUCAAAAUGAGAACAUUACGCCAGGGUUAGAAAAUCCCAUCGCACCCAAAAAGCCUUCACAAACAGUGAGAAAGCAGGAAAUUAUCAAAGUGACAGAGCAGCUGAUAGAAGCCAUUAGCAAUGGAGAUUUUGAAUGUUACACGAAAAUGUGUGACCCUGGAAUGACUGCGUUUGAGCCGGAAGCUCUGGGAAAUCUAGUAGAAGGGCUGGACUUUCAUCGUUUCUACUUUGAGAAUUUGUGGUCGCGGAGCAAUAAACCUCUACAUACCACCAUCUUGAACCCACACAUUCAUCUGAUGGGGGAUGAAUCUGCCUGUAUUGCCUAUAUCCGAAUUACCCAGUACCUGGACACUAGUGGUGUCCCUCGCACUGCCCAGUCAGAGGAGACAUGUAUCUGGCACCGUCGUGAUGGAAAAUGGCAAAAUGUUCAUUUUCACCGGUCGGGAGCUCCAUCUGUUCUCCCACACUGAAAUUGCGGCAAAGAACAAGGGCUUUCAUGAACGCAGCCAGAAGAGGAAGCCCACCGCGAUCUUCUGCACGCCCCCCCUCUCUUUCUCUGCUCCCCUCUUAUUGCACUGGUUCAGCCAUUAUUUUCUUUGUGACUUUUACUGACGAGGGACCAGGCGUCUGACAUGUUCAUAAUAAUGAGAGAGUAUGUAGAUGUGUGUGUGAGUGUAUGCAUGCCCAUUGUGAACAGGUUACCUCCACUGACUAGAAGACAUAUGUAUGAGUGUAUGCAUGCCUGUUGUGUACAAGUGAUGUUAUACCACUGAUAUGAGGAUAUGUGUGUGAGUGUAUGCAAGCCUACUGUGUAUAAGCUAUGUCAUACCACUCUUAAGAGAACAGGGAGAGAGGGGGAUAGGUCUUCUUUAAAAUCUAUCUAACAAAAUAUGGGGAUUCUUAUAGCUGCUAAUGAGCAAUUAUACCCCACAGACCUUCAAAUUUGUCUUCUAUGAGUAAUAAUUGAGUAGAUCUGGGGGUGUUUAUACAGAGUAUUGAAAGACUUUUACAGAGCCGACUGACAAGUCAGUAUUAUCUGUUUCAAAUACUGAAAAGGCCUGAAGUGGUAAUCAGUUCUGUAACGGGCGGCCAAGGCAAAGCCACUCCAUAAACACCCUGACUGUGUAUUCAAGCAACAACAUAACCAAAAGCACAAGUUAGGCCUCAAGUAAUGUAUUCUUAUUGUUCUUAGAUGGGAAGUCUGAUCUAACAAAAUGAACUCUCUGUUACUUGUUUCACUUCAUUCGGCAUUAACUGAGGUUGCCAAAAACACUCAGAAGCGCGGCCAAGAAAUAAAAUGAACCGCAGGUUUUAAAAUAGAUCAAGUCAGAUAUUUAGCAGGUAUUGUAUCUUCACCUGUUAGAAUGUAAAUUUGUUUUUAUAAGCUAAAGUGCCAUAAAUAAACUGCUAACGUUAUUAUAAAGCAACCAAUGGGUUAUUAUCACACAAAAAAAUUAGUGCAGAGAGAACAUGCAAGUUAGAGUAAUAAUAAAUAUAUAAAUAAACACACAUACACACAUAUAUAUAUAUAUUUUGUGGAAAUACAUUAGUGUGUUAUUAAAAAAAACUGUAUUUCUAUUGCAAAUCUAUUAUAUGCAUGCUUUUUAUAGAAGUUUCUAGAAGGAGAUUCUUACAAUAACUUAAGAGUAGAAUGCUAAAAAUGAAUUUUUCAUGAAGUGGGAAGGUGUCCGAGCAGCGUAUUACUCGGCGCGCCCUUGGGGCAGAAAGACGGGAUACUGGCGAUUCGUUGAUUUCAAUUGUUUAUUAACUGCCUGUUUAAUAGUUGUUUGUUUGCCAGAAAACUGAAAGGACUGUAUGAGGUUCUAGAUUUUCUGAAACAGGGGUUUUGUAGAUUCCUGCAGUCACUGUAUUUAUUCCCUUUUUAUCUUAUUCACUGAGAGUAUAAAUAUCAGUCUAGGGUUUAAGAAAUGCUUAGUGGUCCAGUCUAGUAUAUCUAGGCCAUAAUUUGCUCUGAUGUGGGUCAGUUAGCUUCUAUUUCCAAUCUGGGGGCCAGAUCAUUUUAAAAGAAUGAUUUCCAGAGGUUUAUGGCGAUCUUGGUCCAUAAACACCUCUUGGAGGACCUCUAGUUGGACAAACCUGCUCUAGAAUAUUUCAACUAUCAGCCUGUGGUUGAGCCAAUAACAUCAGCUUCUAUGUUUAAAAUAGGACAUUUGCACAAAUUCAAGGUCUGGUGGGGGAAAGACUGGAAUACUGAUGAUUCAUUGAUUUUAAUUGUCUAUUUGCUACUGCCUGCUUAAUAGUUUUUGUUUGCCAGAAAACUGAAAGGACUGUGUGAGGCUCUGGAUUUUCUUAAAAAAGGAGUUUUGUAGAUUCCUGUAGUCACUGUAUUUAUUCCUUUUUUUAUCUUAUUCAUUGACAGCCCAAUGUAUAAAUAUCAACCUUGGGUUUAGGAAAUGCUUAAUUGCCUUGUCUAGCAUAUCAGGGCAUAAUGUGCCCUGCUGUGGGCCAUUUAGCUUCUAUUUCUCAUUUGGGUGCUAGAUCGUUUUAAAAGAAUGAUGUCAAGAGGUUUAUGGAGAUCUUGAGCCAUGAACAUCUCCUGAAUGACUUCUAGUUGGGCCAUAAACAUCUCCUGGAGGACCUCUAGUUGGGCCAUAAACAUUCUCUUGUACGGCCUCUAGUUGGGCCAUAAACAUCUCUUGAAGGACCUAUAGUUGGGCCAUAAACAUCUCUUGUAGGGCCUCUAGUUGGGCCAUAAACAUUCUCUUGUACGGCCUCUAGUUGGGCCAUACACAUCUCUUGUAGGGCCUCUAGUUGGGCCAUAAACAUCUCCUGGAGGACCUCUAGUUGGGCCAUAAACAUCUCUUCUUGUAGGGGCUCUAGUUGGGCCAUAAACAUCUCUUGUAGGUCCUUUAGUUGGACAACCCUGAUAUGGAAUAUUUCAACUAUCAGCCUUGGGUUGAGCCAAUCAGCUUUUAUAUUUAAAAUAGGACAUUUGCAAAAAUUCUAGUUCAUGAUGAUAUGAAUCGUUAGGGCAUAAUUUUAAAAUUAUUUUGUGCUUGUUUGUUUUCUUAUUUUUAGUAGUUGUUUUAAAUGCCCUGCCUACAUAUUAGUGUUGAGAUUGUAAAGAGGAAUUUGCAUUUGCAGUUGGGCUUAUGUUGUUUGGGAAGGCAAAGAAUCUGCAGGCUUUUAGUUGGACUUGAAAAGUCAUCCUUGGAUCAUCUCAAAGAGCAUCUUCAAGCUUCACUCUUUAAUAAUGAAACAUGUUGAUAUCAAGCAUGAAGAUAUAUGUGAAAAGGUUUUUCAAAUGGAAAAUGGAGCACUGAAACGGCCACAUGAGAUAUUUUUUCGGGACUGAUCUAUGUCAGUGAAGCUUCUGGAAUCCAGAAUAGAAAAUCUAUACUUUUGUUGAUCUUUUUCAAUUAUUCCCUAAUAACCAGCUGGACUCCAUGACCACCCUCUGACUAGGAAAUGGCAAUGAUAAUUCAUUUAAUUGCCCACCAUUCAUUACUGAUCUACUAGAUAGGAAGGCAAAACCACACCAAUGGAUGGAGUCUGGGAGAAAUUCUCAACUUCAUCUUUGUUUUCAUAGGCAUGAAACUGACAGGUUCUUUUAUUUUGUGUGGAGAAAAAAAUUAUAAGUCUGUUCUUUCCAGUUGAUGUGGGAAACAUUGUAUUGCGGGCAAAUACAUUUUCUGACCUUUCGAGUCCUGUGUAUGGUUAACCUCAUAAUGCAAUUGGCUUCGAUGACAAGGCUUUUUCUAUGUCCUAAAGACUCAGAGCAAUUCUUGCAUGAUGUUUUCUGUUGCCCAUGAAUGGAGCUGUGCCAAAUGUCUCUGAAGCUAGACAGUUUUGCAUUCACUUGUUUGGGGAUACAUUUUGGGACAGGGUUGUUUGCAGAAUGUCUUGUUUAUAGUCUUCCGAAUAUUGUACUGAUAAACAAAUAAAAUACAUGGUGUUAUACCUCUGCUUCAGCAAAUAACCUCUCGCCUGCUGCAGAGCAAUGCAUUUCAAGACUGUUCCGAUGGUGCUUUGAGACAUUAAGACAUUAAUAAAGGCUUUAUGAUAUGUCUUUGAGCUAAACCCCAGGGAACUCUCAGCAACCGUGAAACAGGUCACCAUAUCUCUACUACCCUUGGGCUUAAAUCUGGGCAUACAUUGUAGGAUUCAAUUGUUGUCACUAAACAAUUUGAUCAUAACCUGAUUUGGCUGCCACUAUGUUGGACAAAUCAAGAUAAUCCAAAUUUUCCCCCACCCAAACCAACAACUGGAUCAUAAUGGAAACCUAAUGAGACAACGCACUUGUCAGAGGGGAUUCUCAAUCCUACCCAACUGAUAUAUAGCACAGAUAUUAGUUGGGAAGGUCUGCCAAAGGGCAUGCUAUAUGGGCCAAUAAGCUGCUGAUUUAUGAAAGUUUCUGGCAUCUGUACUUGCAUUGAUAGUUUUCCUAUUAUUCCCUGUUCACCAUCUGGAAUCCAUCACCAGCACCUGACCUGAAAAUAUGUCAGUGAUAAUUUUAUUUGAUCGUCCACCAAAUGUUACUAAUAAAUGGCUUUGUAAUUUAGUAGAUAAAAAGGCAAAACCACAUUAAUAAAUGGAAUCUUGGCCCUCCCAAGGGCACAGAUCAUGGGCCAGUAAGCUGUACACACUGCCUGAUAGGCCCAAGUCAGCCUAUGUAUGGCCUCAGUUCUACAAUGGGCGGACGACAGAGGUGGAAAUUAAAGAGUGUUGAUUCGAAGUUUUCAACAGGAUCGGUGAUCUUGUUAGUUUUUAAUAGCAUAAACCUUCCAUAGCAGCUCUGCUUAUCCCAACUGUAUUCUCCAACACAUUAUUAUGUGUUAAAGCUGGGAUCGGUAUCCCAUAAUAUUGGACUCAAACUAUGUUGCUCAGUUCUUCUCUCUCAGCUCUCCUGGGCCAGUGGCCCUAUUGAUGCAUGAGGAUUCCCUAAUGCAAUUUUCCUCCAUGCAAUAUUCUUUUUCUUUUCUAGCUUGGAAUUCCUAACAGUACUAUGCCCAUUAUUAAAGUGUAAUAUUGGCAACAACACUGUUCAUUAAAAUGUUAGAUAAGAGCAAUAUGACUAAUGUAGUGCUGCAAAUAAGAGAUUUAUUGAGGCAUUCUCUUGCAUCUCUAAUUACAUUUAGGGGUGCAAAUGGGAGAGUUAUAAGUAGGGCUCAGAUCCUCUGUUAUACAAGCGGAAAAAGUUGCUUUAGGAAUUUCGAAAACAGCUUACAUUUUUCAACAUUAUAUUGUUCGUUUAAUGAUCAAGUAUCCCAGAAGGAAAGGUAUAAUAACUGGGGGUACCAAUUUGUUAGGCUUUCUGUGAUUAUAAUCACUUACCUGACACCCCGGGCAUUCCUGUUAGCUGAAAACUGCAUGGGCCCCAAGUACUAUUGUAGGCGCACCACGCGCCAUCUUCUUCCUCUUUGUGGAUCCUCUGUAUGGUCCCAGGGCUUGUGCACAUGCUCAGUAGAGCCAAACACUGGCCUGCGUUCAGGUUAUAACUCUACUCCACAAUGAAGAAGAAGAUGGCAACGUUGCACUCCUACAGUAGUACCCCAAACUAAUGCAAUGCUCUAUUGCACACUCUGCACUAGCAAUGCAACUCCCCUCAGGGGGGUUAGAAUUACUGAGGCUGCCUUAGGGUGGCAUUAGGGGCCCCUGAGCACUCCACAGUGACUAUGUUUUUCCUUCUCCAUUAUUCAUCAGUAUUGUUUCUAUGGAAUGGAAAGAACCACUAGACUGUGAUUGUUACUGUACAUGGGGCCAGAAGUACAUAUGACACUCUAUUUCCUUGGAACUAGUGACGAGCUCAGUACGUGCCAGAGAAACAGUCUUUGAAAUCAUUGACUUUACAGCAGUAGAGGGGCAAAAGCACAACAGCCACUCUGCUUUACACUAAAAAGUAUGAAAAAAAAUAAAAAGCAGUCUAAAAUAACUAAAAAAAAAAAAGAUGAAACCUUCGUUUUUGUAAGUGACUUAAAACCGUUAACCGGUGUAACGUGUUGCAGAAGUAUUUGUUCAGGUUUAUUACUUUGUUUUUCUAUCCUGUGGCUGUUACACUGGUUAGAUUGUGGUAAGCAAAUACUAAUGAUGCAUUUUCUGGCUGUAUAUUUUAUCCUUGAUGUUUAAUUUCAAUAAAUGGCACAAUCCUAAAUAAAUUUGUUUCUGUGCAAUAAA